AUGCCCCGUCGACCUCCGUCGUUGGAAUCCGUGGGUUCUGUGGGCUCCCCCAUUGACCCGAAGCUUAGGAAAAAGGUCGCCGUCGUCGGCAGUGGAUGUGCCGGCAUUGCUGCCCUCUGGGCGUUGAAUCGAAGCUAUCAUGAUGUCUACAUGUAUGAGGCCGCGUCAAGGCUCGGCGGACACACGAAUACCGUAACUUGGAAGAAUGGAAAGUAUGAGACGAGGGUCGACACGGGAUUCAUCGUCCUCAACGCGGCGACGUACCCAAACUUCAUCAACUUUCUGAAGAGGGUCAAGGUGGAUACAGUCCCGACGGAGAUGACGUUCGGUGUAACGCGAGAUCACGGCUUAUUCGAAUGGGCCGGCACGAGCUUGGACGCCCUCUUUUCCCAGCGCAAGAACAUCUUUUCGCUGCGCAUGUGGAGGAUGAUCUUCGACAUUAUCCGCUUCAAUCAGUUUGCCCUGGACUUGUUGAUGGCCGAUGAUGAGAAUGAUGCCGCCGCAAUGAAUGGGUACAGCAAGGGAGCAAGGCGGGAGGAGACGAUUGGCGAAUACCUCGACAGGGAAGGCUACUCGGACGCCUUCAGGGACGACUACCUUAUUCCCAUGACCGCUGCGGUGUGGAGCACAAGCCCGGACAAGUGCACACUCGAUUUCCCAGCUGUCACCCUCGUUCGUUUCAUGUGGAAUCACCAUCUCCUGUCAACCAUUUCGACCAGACCGCAGUGGCUCACCCUGAAGAAGUGUGGAAAGUCAUACAUCGACGCCGUGAUGCACGGAUUCCCGUCAAACCACCUCUUCCUUAACACGCAAGUCACCCAGGUCACGAGUGAGGAGGACGGCAGAGUACGAGUCCACACCCACAACGGAAAGUCCGAUGUAUACGACCAUGUCAUCUUGGCAACUCAUGGAGACCAGGCCCUCAGGAUAAUUGGGUCAUCCGCAACGCCAGAGGAGAAGGAGAUUCUGUCUGCGUUCAAGACGUCAGAGAACUCAGUCGUGCUGCACUCCGACCUCUCGCACAUGCCAGCCUCAGAGAAGGCCUGGUCGAGCUGGAACUACCUCACUCUCUCAUCACCCUCAACUGGGAAGCAGAAUAUCGACCAGGUCUCCUUGACGUACAACAUGAACAUUCUGCAGCAUAUCCCCCGCGAUACCUUCGGCGAUGUCCUCGUCACGAUGAACCCCCUGCACCAGCCGAACCCGGACACGAUCCAGGGCUCUUUCACUUACCGCCACCCCCUCUACACCCCGGAGGCCGUUCGCGCACAGAAGCUACUGCCACGCAUUCAGAACAAGCGUGGAAUCAGUUACGCCGGAGCAUGGACGAAGUACGGCUUUCACGAAGACGGCUUCAGCAGCGGUCUGCACAUUGCACAGGAUCACCUCUACGCGAAGCUGCCGUUCCAGUUUGUCGAUUCCACGUACAGCCGAGGGAGGAAGCCCUCACUGGGACUUGCUGAUUUGUUUGUGAGACUCAUCAUUCUCAUAAUUCAGGUGUUUGUUGUGAGAGUGUUGGAGAGAGCCAUUGGCGCAGCGAUGAGGGUUGUUACUCCGCGUGCAAACCGCCUGAAAAGGGCCGUCAAGAACGGGAAGGCUGCAUGA